AUGGCUGACUUUGUAGAGUUCAAGACUUCAGCGGAGGAAGUAACUGCAGAUGUGGUGGAAAGAGCAAGAGAACUAGCAUUAGAAGUGGAGGCUGAAGAUGUGACUGAAUUGCUGUCAGUGAACAAUUUCCUGAUGACUGGUCCAAAGGCUUACUUGAUCUACUCCAGCAGCGUGGCAGCUGGUGCCCAGAGUGGUAUUGAAGAAUGCAAAUACCAGUUUGCCUGGGACCGCUGGAACUGCCCUGAGAGAGCCCUGCAGCUGUCCAGCCAUGGCGGCCUUCGCAGUGCUAAUCGGGAGACAGCAUUUGUACAUGCUAUCAGUUCUGCCGGGGUUAUGUACACUCUGACUAGAAACUGCAGCCUUGGGGAUUUUGACAACUGUGGCUGUGAUGACUCCCGCAAUGGGCAACUGGGGGGCCAAGGCUGGCUGUGGGGAGGCUGCAGCGACAACGUGGGCUUCGGAGAGGCAAUAUCCAAGCAGUUCGUCGAUGCCCUGGAGACAGGACAGGAUGCUCGGGCAGCCAUGAACCUGCACAACAACGAGGCUGGCCGCAAGGCGGUGAAGGGCACCAUGAAACGCACGUGUAAGUGCCACGGCGUGUCUGGCAGCUGCACCACGCAGACCUGCUGGCUGCAGCUGCCUGAGUUCCGAGAGGUGGGCGCGCACCUGAAAGAGAAGUACCACGCAGCUCUCAAGGUGGACCUGCUGCAGGGUGCUGGCAACAGCGCGGCGGGCCGCGGCGCCAUCGCAGACACCUUUCGCUCCAUCUCCACGAGGGAGCUGGUGCACCUGGAGGACUCCCCAGACUACUGCCUGGAGAACAAAACGCUAGGACUGCUGGGCACCGAAGGCAGAGAGUGCCUGCGGCGCGGCCGGGCCCUGGGCCGCUGGGAGCGCCGAAGCUGCCGUCGGCUCUGCGGGGACUGUGGGCUAGCGGUGGAGGAGCGCCGCGCCGAGACCGUGUCCAGCUGCAACUGCAAGUUCCACUGGUGCUGCGCGGUCCGCUGCGAGCAGUGCCGCCGCCGGGUCACCAAGUACUUCUGCAGUCGCGCGGACCGGCCGCGGGGGGGCGCGGCGCACAAACCCGGGAGAAAACCCUAAGGGUCCCCUUCCCCACUCUCCUUUCCCAAUUUGUCCUUGGCUUCUUUUAGAGACCCCAGCAGUAGAGGAAUCUAGGGAAUAGGGACCCCAC